UUAGAGGCUUCGAUCUGGUCCGUAGAUUCUUUGAUGCCAUAUGUGCCUUCAAAUGAGUGGAUGGUUGAGAAUGGGUUUUCAACGCCUCAAAAAGGUGUGAGCCCACAAAUUAAAUCCAGUGACAGUCAUUCUUCUCUUGAUGGCAUUCCUUUAAGGAAGAAUCUGCAAGCAUGUGGAUCAACCAAAUAUCAUGGUGUUUCCCAUCCGUCAGAGGCUUCAAUCUGGUCUGUAGAUUCUUUGAUGCCAUAUGUGCCUUCCAAUGAGUUGGUUGAUAAUGGGUUUUCAAUGCCUCAAAAAGCCGUUAGCCCACAAAUAAAAUCCAAUGAUGGUGAUCCUUCCACUGAUGGCAUUCCUUUAAGGAAAAAUCUGCAAGCAUGUGGAUCAACUAAAUAUCAUGGUGUUUCCCAUCAGUUAGAGGCCUCUAUCUGGUCCGUAGAAUCUUUGAUGCCGUAUGUACCUUCCAAUGGGUGUAUGGUUGAUAAUGGAUAUUUAACUUCUCAUCAAGCUCUGAGCCCACAGAUUAAAUCCAGUAAUGUUAUAUCAGAGUUGAAUCAGACUUCCGGUGAUCAUUUUCAAGUAGGGGAGAGGCUACAAACUUGUGCUACAACUAAACGUAAGGGGUCCAUUAAGUCACUAGAGACAUGCUCCCCUUACCGUCCCUCAUCAAGCUGGCUGGCUGAUUUUGGUAAUGUAUACUACUACAGUAAGUUAUCCACUGUUCAGCAACAGUCUGAGAUUCUGGAGAGAUGGCAGCCAAAUGUGUCCAUUGCCACUCAUCUUGAAUCAUCUUUGGUUAAUGUGAAAAAGACCAGAAACCAAACACCAGCAACUGGUAUCUCAAACCAGAAGGACUGCUUAUCUUAUAAAUGCAAGUGCAAAGGCAAAAUAAGUCCAAGGCUUUCUUGUGUCACACUUGAAAGUAAAUUACCUUUGUGCCCAUCAUGUCGAUAUGACACAAAAGGAAAAGAUCAAAAAAAGCAUUCAGAUUGUCUUGGCUGCAAAAGAGAAGAUAAGGUUGAAGUUAAGACCUUUGACAAAAUCUAUAAUGAGGGUAUCUUUGACGCCAAAGAGAUGGCAUUGGGAAAUCUUUUGCCAGAAUGCUGUGCUGCCGCUCAGGUGGAAUUGAGGCAACAGACUGGACUGUGUGAUUGCCUCUGCCUUCAUGCCAGCCCAUCUCAAGAUAAUUCUAAAGACCUUGGAUGGAGACUUUGGGAAAAGAAUGAGGAAGAUUUAAUGAACCAGAAUAAAAGUCAGAUAUGGAGUCUACAAAAAGCAGAAAAUGCAGUAAAAGGAUCUAUGCAGGCGACUAAUUCUGUAAGAAGAAUUGAGAAAAAAGAAAGGAAAGCAUGCUUGCAAGAAAUCGCACUAGAGGGAAAACAUGUCACUGGCUGCUAACAGGCAGUGUGCGCACACCAUGGAUGGUGUAAAGUGACUUUAAAAAUCACAAACUCACCCUUUUAUCAUUUGAAUACUACAGUGCACAUGUAUAUUUAUGCUGUGAAUUAAUAAAGUGUUU